CUCCACCUCCCUCUUCUGUCACCCUGCGUUCAAUGUAGUCUGUGACGUUAAAAGGCGGGCGCGGAGGGAGAUACGGAAGUCGGGAGGGGUCAGGCCCCUCAGUCACUCGGAGGCGGGGAAGGAGAAACAAGAUGGUUUACAUCUCGAAUGGUCAAGUGUUGGACAGUCGGAGUCAGUCCCCAUGGAGAUUAUCAUUGAUAACAGAUUUCUUUUGGGGAAUAGCUGAGUUUGUGGUUUUGUUUUUCAAAACUCUGCUUCAGCAAGAUGUGAAAAAGAGAAGAGGCUACAGAAACUCAUCUGAUUCCAGAUAUGAUGAUGGAAGAGGGCCUCCAGGAAACCCCCCCAGAAGAAUGGGUAGAAUUAAUCAUCUGCAUGGUCCUAAUCCUCCUCCAAUGGCUGGUGGAUGAGGAAGGUAAAUGUCUGCUGUAAGAAGCAGACAACUGGACAUGCACAUUCAUUGCAGAAGGAAACCAUCAAGGAGUGGAGGGCAGACUAUGCUGGACAAGUAGAUGGAUGUGUAUGUCCUAAACAUGGAUUGCUCUGUGUCCUCACAGAUGAAUGAGGUUGUGUUGGGAAUUCCCUCACAGGGAUCCGGCAUGACUGACAUGCAGUUCUAUAAAUGCACAUAUUUGUCUCAUCUUUUUGUAUAGUUUAUGAAACUAUUAGUAUAGUUUUAAUAAGUACAUAUUUUUAGGUUACAAAUCUGAUUUCUCAUCUUUAUAUAAUGAAAACAGAAAAAAUCUGAAUUUGUUUUCAUUAUAUUCGAAGAAAAAUAAAAGGUUGUGUAUUUAGUAUUAUUAGUGUCACCUUUUUAAACUUCUGUAAAUGUUAAUUGUUUUCUUUUAUAAAUAAAUCACAUUGUAUUUAUUUCAACAGCAUGCAUAUAA